UUUUUAAAUAUCAUAAAAAGUUGAACGAAAAAUCAAUUACUUAAAAUAUAAGAAUCCAAGAAUCGAGAACCGGGAGCUCAGUUGUCUUGGAAAUAGUCAUCGAAAGGGAAUACACUAUAAUAAUAAUAAUAAUAAUAACCAAAUCAGACACCAGUGCUAUUGGCCUACCAGUGCUGUGUCAAUGCAUCCAAACUUUCAAUUAUACUUUGGUGGUAACGUUGAACCCGAAAACAGGUCAUGCAUUGCAACAACAACUUCAACAACAACAACAACUACUACUACUACUACUACGACAACCAACAACAACAUCACUACUAUACCAACCAGUGGUGGCACAACCAUCGAUGAUGACAUUCCUAGCAUUUCGUUGAAAACAUUGAUAUCAGAUACCGGACCCCUACAGGAAAGUGAUGUCUGCCUGAUUGGCGCACAACUAGUCGAGGCAUUGGCUAAACUCAACGACAAUGGACUCGUACACCGGUGUCUUAAUCCUGAUAUCGUAUCAGUCGACUGGAGAGGUCGGGUCAGGAUAGUCGAUACGAGCACCUGUAAGCAACGUGGCUGUCCCUAUGAGCUGGAUGUCAUAAAGCGACUUAAAUAUCCAUUUAUAGCGCCGGAAAUUUUAAAAGGAAACACUUUCGAGCCGUCAUCUGAUUGGUGGUCACUGGGAUGUUGUCUCUAUCAGAUGCUUACUGGGAAAGCCAUGCUAUCACAGCACGAAUCAAUUGAUGCCUUAAUUAAGGACAUAUCGAAAGACAACUGUAAGGAAGCACUGGAAGAUAUUAUUAGAUCUCCGAUAGACUAUCCGAAACACAUAUCUACCAAUGCUUUUAGCAUUUUGUCGGCAUUUCUUGAAAAAGAUCCAAUUAAGCGUCUUAAGUGGUCUAAAGAGACCGGAUCCAAGUCCAUCAAAGAGCAUCCGUUUUUUGCAUCAAUCAAUUGGCAUAAUUUGGUCAACAAUGAAAGUGUUGGCACCAUUCAGAUGGAUCUGAGUUACAGUAUUUGGUCGUCGGAGCAGACAAUCAUCGAAGGACGGCUGGGACCAGAUUAUGGUCAAAAAUUUGCCAAUUGCUAUGUUAUUAGGCACAAGAAAACCGGUGACAGGGGUGUCCUGAAACUGGUUUGGAAGGCGGAUAUGAGAAAAAUCAGUUCCGGUUGGAAACGUGUAAUGAAUGAGCGGCUGGUCUGGCAAAAAGUAUCGGCCAAUCCCUAUAUGACACCCAUGAAGGGCUUCUUCGAGACAGAGGCUGCCUAUUGUUUUGUUAGCGAACAUAUCAUGAAUGCCGUAUCGUUGGGUGUGGUCAUCAAGUCGGCCCCGUUGCCCGACGAUGUGGUCAAAUAUAUUGCCGGCCAGUUAUCAAUCGGAUUGAAUUACUUGCAUCAGACAGGUGUCCUACACCGGGGCCUAUCACCCGACGGUAUACUCAUUGAGAAAAGUGGUCGCCUAAGGAUCAGCGAUUUUGAGUCGGCCAAACUGUGCGAUGUUAGCUGUCAUCCGUUUGGCGACUGUAGUUAUAUGGCACCGGAGAUUGUCCAGGGCAGAGAGUAUGGUAAAGAAGCUGACUGGUGGUCAUAUGGUAUCAUAAUCAUCGAAAUGCUUUCGGGUCAGACACCCAUUGAUAUCUAUUGUGAUAAAAAAGAGAUGAUAAUUGUCGAAGACAUUGACAUCGAGUUUCUAUUGAAAGUUAUCGAAAAUAUUCCCAAAAUCAUAGCAAAUAUUCAGUCGACAAAUGCCCAGAACCUAUUGAAGGAGUUAUUAGUAUCCAUUCCAGAGAAAAGACUUGGAUUCAAGAGGAAUGCUAUAAAUGAGAUAAAAAGUCAUCCAUUUUUUAAGACACUUAUGUGGCAAAAGUUAGAGUCGUGUGAAACACAUAUUUAGUUAUAUAAUAUUAAUGACAUAAUAAUAAUAAUAAUA